ACUAGGUAGUAAUCUAUAAUCUGUGUCGAUACACUACUCUCUUCAGUCGACUGUGUAAUGCUAAAGAAUAGUAAUGAAAUUAAUUAAAAUAUCGCAGCAUUGUGCAAAAUAUUGUUCCUUUUUUGUAUAUAGUGCAUUCUAAAUGUGAACACAAUUGACUAUUAUCCUGUAUCACACAGGAGAAAAAAUUGUGAGAUCUCACAACUUGUAUCAAAAUGGACGGUAUAGUUGUAUUGGAUCUUAAGUGGCUUUGUGGGUAGAAGUGAAAUAAGUGUUAUAAGUUUGACUAUUUCCAAAUUUCCGUGUUGGAGACGGACUGAAGCGAUUGCCAGGAUGGCGGUAAGUAAGGAAGUAUUUUCGCUUUACGACAGCUCUCCCGAACCUUUGUUCGACAUCUGUAUGGAAUAUAUUGUCAAUAAUUUAAACACUAUUACGACACAAGAUUCGUCGAGUCGCUGGAGGAAAUUGAAGGACGAUGUGAUACUCCCUGCUGAGAUAUGCGAACGAUUUCUUGAGGCCUACCAGCGAGAAAGUCGUGUAAAUGACAACAUCGCCAAUUUAUUUCGCGAUAAAGUGCGCGCCCGCCUGGACACAGUGAAACUGCGUAGCUCGCGCAUAACAGAUGAAGGAUUACGGUUUCUCAUGGAGCACAAACCUCGCGUGGUGGAGCUGGUGCAGUGCGAGUAUCUGUCGCAGGCUUCACUAGAAGCUAUUAACCAUCAUAGUCAGAAUUUAAUAUCUCUAAAAUUAGGACCAGUGACAUAUGUCAUCUCUCAGGAUGAGAGUUUAUACAGACACAGGGGGUACAUUAUUGACGCGCCUAAACUUCGACGCCUCACAAUCCACCGCAGGGGACUGGCCAUAUUCCCACUGUUGUUGCUGCAACCUUUGACACACUUAACACAUCUGGAUCUUUCUGAGUGCUCAUCUGCAGGUACAAUUUGGGCCCUGAAUGAAUUAAAGAACUUGAGAUCCCUGGUAUUGCACAGUGUACACUGGUCAAAAGAUAUAAUUGAUUGGAUAGCUGGUUUGCAUUCACUGAGGCACCUGGAUAUUUCUCAAUCAAAUGAUAGACAUGGAAAAUAUUUGAAUCCUAAUGAGGUAUUGACAAAGCUUAUAAAAAACUUGCCAGAGUUGGAAUCUUUAGAUAUUUCUGGCACAAAUCUGGCUGGAACUGGAGCAGCCGUGUCUAAAGCCAAUGAGGAAGGAUCAUCUGCAAACACCGAGCCACCCGUGCGCUGUGACAUCCCAGGCCUAGUGAGCCGAGUUGACAGGCCCCUUGAAUUUCUCGGGCUGUAUGGUACACAUCAUGGUGCAUGCAAGAGACAUGACAUCCCUGCCAAAGUGAUCUCUGGUGAUGCCAACGAGCAACAGAUCUUAACUGCAGCAGUAGCAUACAUGGAAAGGCCUGUCAUGUUGACUAGAGUCCUCAAUGAUCUUUAUUACUUGUUCCGAUAUGAAAAUAAUUCAUAUGUUGGCCGAGCACUGUCAGUUGUCUUAGAUGCGAUGGAUCAACAUGUGUCAGAAAAACAUAUACAAAUAUCUGGAAGCGCAACAUUAUUCUACAUAGUGAAAGGAAAGGAGAAAGAUCGCAUCGGCAUGAAACUAAAAAGGCGUAUCAUCACAGCGCUGCUGGAUGGUAUGGCGGCCCACCUUGGAGACGACACCAUGAUGCGCAACGGUUGCCUUACUCUCUGCCAGUUCAAAAUACCAACAGACGUGUUGUUUGAGUAUGAAAGAGUGGUGAAGAUCCUGUUGUGUGGAGUGUCUGAUGUGAACCAAGAGGGAUUCGUGCAGCGAAUCGCGAUAUACUUGCUUAACUCGCUCGCUUGCCAAGUCGAUGGGAAACAGAAACGUUUUCUGGGCAACGAGGGCGCCAUCUUGAAGAUGCUGAACCUUAUAUCGGACCGUUUGUCGCGCCGUGUGUGUGAUGAUGUGCUAGAGGUCGCCUGGUCCACGAUGUGGAACGUCACCGAUGAGACGCCGCAAAAUUGCCAAAGAUUCUUGGAAAACAGCGGCAUGGAGUAUUUCUUGGCAUGUCUUAAGAGUUUCCCUGACAAGGAGGAGUUGUUGCGCAAUAUGAUGGGUCUACUGGGGAAUGUGGCCGAGGUGACCAAGUUGAGACCCAAGCUCAUGAACAAGCUGUUCCUCUCUGUGUUCUACGAUCUGCUUGAUUCCUCCAGCGAUGGUAUUGAGGUGAGCUACAACGCAGCGGGCGUGCUGGCACACAUGGCGUCGGACGGGCCCGAGGCGUGGACAGUGGAGGAGCUGCCGCGCGACAUGGUGCUGAUGCGCGUGGCCGCCGCCGUCGAGCGUUGGGACCUGCACGCCGAGCGCAACAUCAACUACCGCUCUUUUGAGCCCAUCCUCAACCUGCUCAAUGCGCACCACACGCCGCAAUGUCAGCACUGGGCUGUCUGGGCGCUCGCCAAUCUCACCACCGUCUACCCUGAGAAAUACUGCAGCUUGGUGGAGGCAGAGGGAGGCCUUAAAUUGCUGUACGAGUUGCUGAAUCACCCCAACCCGUACGAGAUGAUCAAGAAACUUGCAUGCAUCGUGAUUAACAACUGCGCCAAAUUCGCCGCCAACGAGGCAACCACCCCGCCAAUACCCUCGUCUCCGGACAAUUAACUAAUGGAGUACUUUGAGGAUAUCAAUCCUCAAUUGCGCGAAUAAGCUUCGACAUCGCUGAUGUGACAAGGACCCUGCGGCACGCCCUUGUUGCGCCGCUGACGGUCCGCGCCGGCGCUUCACGUGUCUGCGAUGUCCCGAGCUGCUGCCGUCGCCACGCCACAACACAGUGCGACAUUGUUUGUUCGUAUCAGUGCUCGGUGCUAUUUUGACGCAACCUGACUAUUGGUGAUAGUGUAGAUAUUCAACACUUUCAAGGAUUUAGAUAGGUUCCCACUGUGUUAGUACAAUAAGGAUACCGUGCGCGCUGCGUGCCACGAGCCACGCCGUGUGCUGCGGAUGCUGUGUGUGACGAUUUAAUCACAAACCGAGUAAAUUCUUUACCGAGUCGAAAUUUGAUCGAGCUUAAAAUUUUCCGCAGUGUCCACGUAGCGUUAUUAUUAAAUAUUUACCCCUAGUAACCAAUGAGUACAGACAACUUUUUGAAAAAUAUAUUACCCAGUAGACCCAUGUAGUGUGAUGUGUAGGAUAUUUUUCUAAUAUCACGGAUAAGAUGGUAAUUUUGAUGAAUCUUUAAUGUUAGCAUAUAUAAUAUUUGGACAUACCACAAUCUAACAUACUUGGACAUGCUAUUGUAAUUGAGCAUGAAUUUUACAUAGUUUUGCUUUGUGUCAAAUUACAAGUAACACAAUUAAUUUACUUGGUUCAGUUGGUUUUAAACAUUAUGCUGCAGAAUAGUUUAAUAGUUUAGUUGUUUUAAUACAUACGGGUGUGUACGUAUAAAAUUUCGGUGUACUGGGUUGGUGUACAAUUACUCGCCAGGGACAGACAGUCAACCAUUUAAUAUAAUGCAAUAGCAGUGUCGUGCGUGGCCCUGGGAGAUAUCUGUUACGCCUGUAUCAACUGUCAACCGCUCCACUUUAUGUUAUUAAGCAUAAUCAAAGUUUAUUUUGGACAUGGGCAUGGCACAUGUCCAGAAAAUGUUUCAAAGAAAUUGUAUUGUGUGUGCUACUCUAGUUUGCAACAUAGAGUGUCGCAUAGGUUUUCGUACCUUCAACAGAGUCAUUAGAGCUCAUUGGAGCAGUGACUAUUGGGUAUAUUUAUUUAUUUAUUUCGUUUACUUUGGUAGCUGUAAAAUAUUAUGAUUGCAAUGUGCUCCGGUGCUACGUGUAGCUUCUAAAGCUACAUACGAAGAUAUGCCAAUGGACAACAUUUCAAUGAAUUAUUGACAUGAGAGCACAGAGAGGCUUUUGUUCUUGUUGUUCAAAGCGGUCGAUAAAGUUUAAGCUGAUUUUUUUUUAUUGGCAGCUAUCAUUUUAAGGCUUUUGUUCUUGUUGUUCAAAGCGGUCGAUAAAGUUUAAGCUGAGUUUUUUUUUAUUGGCAGCUAUCAUUUUAAGGCUUUUGUUCUUGUUCAAAGCGGUCGAUAAAGUUUAAAAUGAGUUUUUUUUUAUUGGCAGCUAUCAUUUUAAGGCUUUUGUUCUUGUUGUUCAAAGCGGUCGAUAAAGUUUAAGCUGAGUUUUUUUUAUUGGCAGCUAUCAUUUUAAUAUUUCCGCCAAUAGUAUUUAAAAUGUCACGUUACUUUUGUAUUGAGCCACCAUUCCCUUUCUGCGUGUAUCAUGUGAUAGCUGUGCUCUCUACACUAUUAGCAUAGAAUAAUAAUGUUCCAUUAUAAAAGGUCUGUAGUAAUCGGUUACAAUGAUAUAAUCAAUCAGUAGUAUAUGCUUGUAAUUCAUAACAUUCAUAUUAUGAUUGGUGUUCCAUGUUUCUCCAAAUGUGUUUUCUGGUAGUUUUGACAUAAAUGUAUUCUAGCAGUAAACCAAUGGUUAAAACGUGUCAUUGUCUAAUUAUUUUGCUAUACUUCUACAUAUAAGAUGUCGUAAAAAAGAUCAUUAUAUUAAAAGAACAGUUUUACUCUGAUAGUUAACUCUAGAUGUUUAAUAUUAGUUCUUAAGACUUUGCAAACAAUCAUGUUCUGAAUUAUUGUACCUUGCCGGAAACUUGUUUAUUUCUUUUAUGAUGUAAUAUUAUGUUUAUCAAGGACAACCAUGAUAUUUUUGUUUCAAUUGACUAUAUGUAAAUUAGAACGCGCAUUAAAUACCACCAUAAACGACGACAAUCAAACACUAAGUAGUCGAAAUGCGUCUUACACAAACCAGUUGCUGGACCUGGCCGGUCGUGCAAAUUUAGACUUGUAUUAAGAUUGGCCCACAUCUGUUAAUUUAAAAAGAAAAUAUAUUUAUAGCUCAAUACUGUAAAUUGUUUUGCAUAUUUAAGUUGGAAUCUUCAUUAUCUGUUACGUUAUAUCAGCUUGUGAUGUGGCAACUUUGUUGUUUUUAUUUUAUAUUUUUUGUUUCCUAGACAUAUAAACAUUUUUUGAAAUUCUUACCUCUAUAAAUAUGUCAUUUGAGAAACUAUGUUAUAAAUAAAUAAAUUGACGU